AGCCCCACCUCCCAUAAGAGACACAACAGGGGAUUAUACCUCUUUCAGCAUGUCCCCCACCAUCUCUCCCGCCAUCCCCCCCACCAUCCCCCCCACCACCCCUCCCACCACCCCUCCCACCAUCCCCCCCACUCUCCCUCCCACUACCUCUGUCUAUAUCCCGCCUGCCAUCCCUCGUUCCACUCCUCUCAGCACCUCAGCAACCCUCUCGACCUCCCACAUGCCCUUCCCUCCUACCAGCACCUUGCACUCUCAAGGCCCCUAUUCUCUAGCGCCCUCUGCCCAAUUCUUUUCUCCCAGCCGUUCCCCAAUGCUGCCUGUUGCUGCUGCUGGGGCAGAGGCAGAGGAAACGGGUACAGCAGGGAGUGAUGGAAGUGUAAGCUGCAGCCCGUAUUCCAGGAGAAUUUUGAGGGAGCAUAGUGGUGGAGAAGAAGCAGGCGAAAGAGCAGAAGCAACAGAAGCAACAGUUGCAAAUGAAGCAACAGAAUCAACAAGCUUUAGCAGAAGCGGUAGGUUACAGAGCACCACUGCUGGAGAUGUCGCUGCAAGCCCCAAUGCUCCUGAUUCCUCUCCAGUUUCCAACAGCGUUUCGGUGGGUGCAAGAGGCAGUAGCACAAGACAGGACAUUUACAGCAGCGUGUAUGUGGCUGCACAAACAAUGACCCUGCAACCAGCUGCAGCAACAUUACUACAACCAGCAGCAGCAUCACAACCACCACUGCAAGAAGCUGCAGCAUCGCUGCAAUUAGCAGCAGCACCACCGCCGCCAGAAGUAGCAGCACCACCGCCGCCAGAAGCAUCCGCAGCAGUACCACCACCACCACUGCCACCGCCACAAGCAGCAGCACCAGGAGGAGGAGGAGGAGGAGGAGGAAGAGGAGGAGGAGGAGGAGGAGGAGGAGGAGGAGGAGGAGGAGGAGGAGGAGGAGGAGGAGGAGGAGGAGGAGGAGGAGGAGGAGGAGGAGGAGGAGGAGGAGGAGGAGGAAGAGGAGGAGAUGGAGCAGCAGAGGCAAUAGAGUGGCAGGAGGAGACAGAAAGGCAUUUUGACACUAUGCAGAUGCCCAUAGACAAGGGAUCAGAAAUGCCACUGCUGUUGAGAGGAGGUGAGGUAGGGAUGGGAGGAGGUGAAGCAGGAGUGGCAGGCGCAGGCAUACUCGGUGAGACCGCACGCUCGGGGGUAAUCUCGCCAGCAAGUGAGGAGCUAGCAGGGCAGGUAGCAUCAGAUUCAUAA